AUGAGUCGAUCAACUGUUCCUUUGCUUUGUUCGUUCUUAAUCUUGUUCGCGUCCUCAGCCUCAGCCUUUAAUAUCACAAGAAUCCUCGGUCAAUAUCCCGAUUACAGCACUUUCAAUGAACUUUUAUCGAAAUCUGGCUUAGCCACUGAUAUUAACUCAAGGGGUACAAUUACACUUUUAGCUAUACCAAAUGGUGCAGUAGGUGAUCUCACCUCGAAAUCGGAUGAUGUUCUUAAGAGGGUGUUGGCUACACACGUCGUGUUGGAUUACUACGAUCCAAUGAAACUCCAGAGGAUGAAGGACAAAACAGCUAAAAUGACAACAAUGUAUCAACAAUCUGGUAAAGCAGCAUAUGAUCAAGGUUUCUUGAAUGUUACUGCUAGAGAUGGUAGUUUUAUUUUUGGAUCAGCUGUUGUUGGCGCUCAACGAAAUUCAAAACUUGAAAAAUCCGUCAUGAAUCAGCCUUACAAUAUCUCAAUUCUUGGAAUUUCUCAACCUAUUGUUACACCUGGUAUUGAUGGAACAAUGGCACCAAUUUCAGCUCCACCACCAAAGGCGAAUACGCCUAAGAGUUCACCAGUAGCAGAGGCCCCUGCUGAAGAGGAGGAAGCUGAGGCCCCUUCCGAGGAAGAAGCAGAGGCCCCUGCUGAAGAGGAAGCAGAGGCCCCUGCUCCUUCUAAGGAUGCUGAUGCACCGGCAGGUGCACCAGACGCUGAUGCACCUCCGGCUGAUCAAGCACCACCACCUUCAUCUGCUGCAAAAUUGAAAGUUUCCUUUGGUUUAUUUGUUGUUUUGGCAACAAUCAUUCUUGCCUAA